AUGUCCUUUAUGGUUUUUAAUAACCGUGUGAAUACUUCAAGAGAACGCGGUAAACAACACGGGAUAAAAGCAGGUAUGACUGAUUUUAUACCCCGUCGAAGAGCAAGAAGUGUUCUCACCCCGGACGAAUACGAGAAGCUUUGUUAUCGAGAACACACGUUGUUCGAACUCCCUCUUGAUAAAUUUGAUGAAGAAGAUGAACAUUGUGUUGAAUGUUGUACCAUGAAAUCAUUAGGACGAUGGUAUGAUGGAAACGCUAGGGACAGCUCGGGGUCAAUAACAGAUUCUCUUACUGAUGAUAGCGUUGAUGGUGGUUAUUCUCCACUAGCGGAGAAACACUUCGAAGUAGCGUACAACAGGGGUGUGUUUAGCGAGGUGACCACCCACAACCGAAGCGCGAGGAAGAAGAGUUACGAUAGAUUAUAUAGAAGGCCGAAGUUGCGACGACAUAACUCGGAAAAAAACGAUAACGAAGACAAUAAUGACGAUGGCAUGUUAGACUUUCCACGUAAACGUAGUGUUUCGUUCGAUUCAGCAAACGUGCCAGCGCAUGCGCAGAGAAAAGCGCAUCACCGCCACAAGAAGGAUUCGAAAACAAAACGUGGAGAUAAGAUAAGAGAGAAACUUUCAAAUAGCGGGAUUAACUUGCUAGAUACGUCAAGUGUGAUGACUUUAGACGAAAUCCACGAUCUACAACAGCGAUUUUAUACGGCCAUGACUUUGAAACCAGAAAGGUCAAUGUCUAGUUCAGACGGUAACUCUCACAAGAAGGGAGAAAAAGAUCGAGACAGAAGUGUUUCAUUCAAUUAAUCGAUGUCAACUCGGAUUGGUUGAUUUCAAGAAUUGUUCUAUUUAAUUGGUAGAAAAUGUUGCGCUUUGCCGCACUCUUUCUUUUUAUACAAUAGCGUUAAUGUGACGUUUGUACAAAAAAAACAAAAAUUUUGUUUUUGUAAUAUAAUUUUUAUAACUUAUUCGUAUUUGUAGCAGUCGUUUUCAUACAAUAUUUUAAAGGAAUUGCGUUCUUUGCUGCGUCUUCCAUACUAUUGGCUUUGUUUAUUAAUUUUCUGCACCAACUAAAAUUUUCUGACAUUUUAAAACCACAGGGAAAAUUUCCUUUCCAAGUUCUUUUAUUUUUCUUGUUAUUUUUCCAAGAUUCCCACCGCAACAUUGCGUUUUGAUUUCUUUUUGUGUCCAUGACUUAUGUAAAUAAUGUAAAUAGCUUUAAAGACAAUUGAGUUAUUGUAAAUGAAUUAUUUACCGACGCCAUAAAUAGAUGUACUUUAGUACAACAUCUGAA